AUGAGCCGGCCCUGGCAGGCGCUGCGCGCCCUGCGCCUCCGGUUCUUCGGGCCCGCCAAGGAGCUGGUGGGCACCGACCAGUUCGGGAACAAGUACUACCGGGUGCCCAAGCACGAGACCCGCGCAGGGCAGAUUAUACCAGAAAGAAGAUUUGUAGAAGCAAUAAAUCGUCAAGCAUAUCAGUAUGAAAUGGGUGACUUUCCAACAGAAUGGGAAGCAUGGAUAAGAAAAAAAAGAAAGGAUCCACCCACCAUUGAGGAGAUUCUUAAGAAUGAAAAUUAUAGAGAAGAGAUGAAACAGAAAAUCAAAGAUGUAUCCGAAAAGGAUAAGUUGCUUCAGGCCAAGGAAUACAAGGAGGGACUUGUUGCUGAACCAGCUCGUACUCAUGUUAAAGGCCACGCAUCUGCCCCUUACUAUGGAAAGAGCGAGCCUUCGCAAGAUCCAACGAGCACUGCCAAUACCUUUCAGCCAGGCUCCUGGAUGCCGCCAGGCAGCGGUAGUAGUCAUAAUAAAUAAACAAUUGUAAUGUACAAAUAUUGCUAAUGGAUAAAUAUUUUAACAGACAACAUAAACAGCUGUUAUAUAGGAGUGUGCAAUAAAGUAAUAUUAAAGCAGUUUCAUUUAUUUUUGCAGAACUGUUCAGAUAGGCUUAAUUAUGACAAACUACUGUAAAAUGUUUGCGUUUAGUGAAAAGUGAGAUGUGUUACUAUGUAAGUUUGUUUUCAACAGUUGCUGUUCAUCAGUUACUUUUGAAAUCAUAGGUAGAAGGUCUUGUAGCUAACUUAAUUUUCUUAAAUAAUUCUAAAUUGGUUUUUCCUUGCAGACUCAUUUAUUUUUAAAAGUUUUUGAUGUAAUAAAUUUUAGUUAAGAGGCA